AUGGCACCCGCACCGCACGAGAAGGAGACGCGUAUCGCCAUUGUCAACUCAGACAAGUGCAAGCCCAAAAAGUGCCGACAGGAAUGCAAAAAGUCAUGUCCCGUCGUCCGCAUGGGUCGACUCUGUAUCGAAGUGACACCUACCAGCAAGAUCGCCUUCAUCUCAGAAUCGCUCUGCAUCGGUUGUGGUAUCUGCCCCAAGAAGUGCCCCUUUGAAGCUAUCAACAUUAUCAAGCUUCCCACCAACCUCGAGAACGAGACCACCCACAGAUACAGCGCCAACUCGUUCAAGUUGCAUCGUCUUCCCACACCACGCGCCGGCCAGGUGCUCGGUCUCGUCGGCACCAACGGUAUCGGCAAGUCGACCGCGCUCAAGAUUCUCGCAGGCAAGCAGAAGCCCAACCUGGGUCGAUACGAUGACCCUCCCGACUGGCAGGAGAUCCUCAAGUACUUCCGUGGUUCUGAGCUGCAGAACUUCUUCACCAAGGUGCUCGAGGACAACAUCAAGGCGCUCAUCAAGCCUCAGUACGUCGACCACAUCCCGCGCGCCAUCAAGGGCAAGGCAAGCGUUACCCAGCUCCUCGACGGCAAGCUCGAGAAGGACAACAAGCAGAUGAUCAUCGACAUGCUCGACCUCAAGGAGGUGCUCGACCGAGAUGUUUCACAAUUGUCUGGUGGUGAGCUGCAGCGUUUCGCCAUCGGCAUGUCAUGUAUCCAGGAUGCCAACGUAUACAUGUUCGACGAGCCCUCGUCGUAUCUCGAUGUCAAGCAGCGUCUCAAGGCGGCGCGAAUGAUCCGAUCGCUUCUCGACUCCAACACCUACGUCAUUGCCGUCGAGCACGAUCUGUCGGUGCUCGACUACCUUUCGGACUUUAUCUGCUGUCUCUACGGUGUUCCCUCGGUCUACGGUGUCGUCACGGUGCCCUCGCCAGUGCGUGAUGGUAUCAACAUCUUUUUGGACGGCUACAUUCCCGCCGAGAACAUGCGAUUCCGUGACGAGUCGCUUACCUUCAAGAUCGCCGAGACCGCCGAAGAAGAGGUGCUGGACAGGAAAGCCAAGUACACCUGUCCGCCCAUGAAGAAGACGCUGGGCAACUUCAGCCUCAACAUCGAGGGAGGUGAAUUCAGCGAUUCCGAGAUCAUCGUCUUCCUCGGUGAGAACGGUACUGGUAAGACGACGUUUGUCAAGAUGCUGGCGGGCAAGCUGGAGCCGGAUCCGGGAGCCAAGAAGCCACCUCAGCUCAACGUUUCGCUCAAGCCGCAAACGAUCGCGCCCAAGUUCCAGGGCACUGUGCGAAUGCUGUUGCUCAAGCAGAUCAAGUCGGCGUUCAUGCACCCGCAGUUCCAGACCGAUGUUGUCAAGCCCAUGUCGAUCGAGCCCAUUAUCGACAACGACGUGCAGACGCUUUCGGGUGGAGAGCUGCAGCGCGUUGCGCUGGUUCUCGCGCUCGGCAAGCCUGCCGACAUCUACCUGAUCGACGAGCCCUCCGCGUACCUCGACUCGGAGCAGCGUAUCAUUGCGUCGCGCGUCAUCAAGCGCUUCAUCAUCCACUCACGCAAGACGGCCAUGAUCAUCGAGCACGAUAUCAUCAUGGCCACCUACCUCGCCGACCGCGUCAUCGUCUACGAGGGUCAGCCAUCCGUCAAGGCCACCGCCAAGCGCCCCGAGAGCCUGCUGACAGGUAUGAACAGCUUCUUGGCAACUCUGGAGGUGUCGAUGAGGAGAGAUCCCACCAACUACAGGCCACGCGUCAACAAGUUCAACUCGAUUAAGGACAAGGAGCAGAAGGCGGCGGGGCAGUACUUUUUCCUGGAGGACUAA